CGACCACAAGUCAAGUAAAUGGCGCCCCUUAAAAGGAUUUUAAAUCAGCGUUUGGUGUUUUACAUCGUCAUUCUUCCAAUCUCAGGCAUUUUAUGCUUUAGUGAGUUAUUUUUUGUCAAGGAGCCCCAGGAUGUCAUAAUAAUGCGUAAAGAGUCAGUCAUUUUGGACUGUCAAGUGCGUGGAGAGGCCCCCAUUGAUGUCCAGUGGCUCAAGAAUGGACUAAAACUGGUGGAGAGUGAGAGGGUGUAUCUGCUCUCCAAUGGCUCCCUGUUUAUUUCGGAGGUGGAGAACAGACGAGGAGACAAAUCAGAUGAAGGCUUUUACCAGUGCCUCGCUCAGAAUAAAUAUGGAGCAAUCCUGAGCCAGAAAGCCCGUGUUACAAUCGCAAGUAUCUCUGCUUUUGCAAUCCAACCCACCUCCAUAGUGGUCACUGAAGGCUCAGUGGCUCGAUUUUCCUGUAAAAUCAGUGCACACCCUCCUCCCAUCAUCACAUGGGAGUUCAAUCGUGUAACAUUACCCCUCACUACUGAGAGAAUCACAGUGCUGCCUAGUGGUGUGUUGCAAAUUUAUGGUGUACAACAAAUGGACACUGGAAAUUAUCGCUGUAUUGCCACAAACAUUGCCAGCCGACGUCGAAGUGUUGAAGCAACCCUCACCGUUACUCCAGCCCCUAGCCCCCAGCUCCCUCAGAGGCCACGCAUUAUUACUGGGCCACAGAAUAUCUCGGUAGCAGUGCACCAGAACGCCAUUCUCGAAUGCAUGGCCACAGGCAACCCACGACCCAUCAUCUCAUGGAGCCGAGCGGACAGCAAAUCCAUUGAUGUUUACAACACAAAAGUGCUGGGAAAUGGCAACCUGAUGAUCUCUGACAUCAAGCCUCAACACGAAGGGGUCUAUCUGUGCAGAGCCACUACCCCUGGCACCCGAAACCACACCAUCGCCUCGGCCAAUGUCACUGUACUCGCCCCACCAUCCCUUGUUGAAUGGCCAGAGAGUCUGACCCGUCCACGUGCCGGUACAGCUCGCUUUGUGUGCCAAGCUGAAGGGGUCCCAACUCCUCAAAUCACUUGGUUCAAGAACGGCAACAAAGUCCAUUCUAAUGGCCGCAUCAAGAUGUACAACAGCAAACUGGUCAUCAACCAAAUCAUCCCAGAAGAUGAUGCUAUUUACCAGUGUCAGGCGGCGAAUGACCUGGGCUCUGUUUUGUCUAUGGCACGUCUCAUUGUGGUGAUGUCAGAGGAUCGCCCGAGCGCGCCUCGCAACAUCAGAGCUGACACUGUGUCCAGCUCUGCCAUCCUGCUAGCCUGGGAAAAACCUCUGUUCAACUCAGAUAAAGUUAUCGCCUAUUCUGUGCAUUAUAUGAAGGCUGAAGGGUUAAACAAUGAGGAAUAUCAAGUGGUCAUUGGAAAUGAUACAACUCGAUACAUUAUUGAUGAUCUGGAGCCAGCUCGUAACUAUACUUUCUACGUGGUGGCCUACAUGCCAAUGGGAGCCAGCCGCAUGUCAGACCAUGUGUUUCAGCACACACUCGAGGAUGUUCCCCUGCGAGCCCCCGAGCUCAGCCUUACAAGCAACAGCCCCUCAGACAUUCAGGUAACUUGGCAACCACUCCCUGACAAACUGAGUCGAGGGCACAUCUUGGCCUACCGCUUGUCGUACCGCACCAGUGCUGAGAACACAGUUACACAGAUGGAGCUUCCGGGACAGAAAACUCAGCAUCUCCUGCAAAACCUGCAGCCGGACACCAUAUACCUCCUGAGGCUUGCUGCGGCCACCAGUGUGGGGUGGGGCGAGCCCUCAGCCUGGACCUCCCACCGCACACCAAAGGCAUCUAGUGCUCAGGUUCCUGGAUCUCCUGAGCUACAUUUGGAGCCCCUUAACUGUACCACUAUAGUCUCCCGUUGGCAGCUGGGGCAGAGAAACGCAGUCAGUGUCCAGGGCUACAAACUGUUUUACCACGAGGAGAGCCAGCCUGAGAGUGCCCCAAUACAGCUCCGCGCCUCCGUCAAAUCACACACCAUCAGCGGUCUCGACCCAAGGAAGAAGUACCAUGUAAAACUUCUAGCCUACAACUUUGUCGGAGAUGGUUACCAGGCUGACCAGACCAUUAGUACUCCGAGCUGUGUCUCUGUCCGAGAUCGCCUGGUGCCCCCUCCGCCCCCUCCUCACAAUGUUUACGCCAAAACCAACAGCUCCACAGCCGUGUUUCUGCACUGGGGCCGCCCCGCCUUCACCUCCAACCAUCGAGUCAACUACACUGUCCGCUGCAAUCCUGUAGGCUUGCAAAAUGCCUCUAUGGUGCUCUACCUUCAAACGGGCGAGCAAAGUCUUGUGGUGAAAGAGCUUAAGCCAAACACCAGGUAUGAAUUUGCGAUCCGUCUUCAUAUUGACCAGUUGUCAAGCCCCUGGAGUCCUGUAGUUUAUCAAAGCACUUUGCCUGAAGCUCCAACAAAGCCCCCAUCUAAUGUUAAAGUCACUCUGAUUGAGGAGGACACAGCUCUUGUCUCGUGGAAAAGUCCAGAUGAGCCAAACAUGUCGGUGACGCAGUACACCAUCCUCUACGCCUCUAAAAAGGAGUGGCUCGCAGGCCAGUGGCAGGUCGUACAAAGAGAGGGGACCAUCACGAUGGCACUCCUAGAGAACCUGAAGCCUGGUCAGGUGUAUUUGGUCAAAGUUUCUGCCUCCAACAACAUGGGCGAUGGGCCGUACUCGCCGGCUGUGGAACUGACCGCUUUGUCCUCAGCACAAAACCCACGUCUCUCCCAUGACUCCACAAUGUUUUCUGAAGGUUUCUACCACCUGGACCAGAAGUCUAUGACUGGGAUCACCAUUGGAGUCUGCAUUGCACUCAUUUGUAUCAUCAUCUGUGUUUUCGUCCUUGUCUGUCGAGGAAAAAACAGGAAAUUUUCAACAGUGAAGCAUUAUGGACCAGCAGACGCUUCCUCCUCGUCAGCGAUGGUCCGACGUGGAUCGCAAGAACAGGCUGAAAAUGUAGAUGUGACUGUGCCCAUGAUGAACCACUUCAUUGAUGCCAAGGGCGGAACAAACCUUAUGAUCAACUCGCUUGGUCCUGUUCAACCGCAUACUGAAAAGAAAAGUAAAUGGUUUUCUUUAAACAAGAGAGAUAAAGCAAGCAGCAAAUCUCUGCAGAGCAACAGACAACAGACCUUGCAGUACCAGCCCGGCACCACAGUUCUGACUUACAAUGAAGAGCUGUCCAUGUCUCGAGACCAGCCGGUAUCUUUGGAGGCUUUACUUGGACGUCCCACAGACACUGAAGGCUCGUCUGGUAGUGAGGGCAGCCACGGGACGGGUGACUCUGGACGCUACUCUCACGACGAGAUGGAGCUCACUAACCUGUCGUCUGGUCCAGAGAGUCGGCCGCCAUCUUUGACUGGUGAAGACAGUGGGGACAAUGGCCUGAAUCGAAACCCAAGUGAACUGAAGGACGCUACAAGGACCAACAUGGAGGCUAUUGACGUGUGUUGAGAAUGGCCACAAAAACAGCUCUGCACUUUCCCUCCCCCUGAAUGUGUGGUAAUGUAUGAAUGGGGCUAAAACAGUGCAGUGGCAGCUGUUGAAU